AUGUCUUCACACAUCACCACUUCCCUGCUUAUGCUGGAAUACACCGGCACUCCCAAUCUUGUUGCCCAAGUCAUUGGCGCAAACCCUACAGCUACGACAUUCGUCUUGGACUGCGAAAAGCCCAAGAACAAGAAGACCUGGGACGAGGACGAAUGCUGGUUUACGAAAGAUACCAUCAUUCUCGGUCCAUGGGCCGACAAGACACCUGCGCCUGGUGCUGUCACCACCGGUAUCUGGAGAGAGACCAGCGUCGACGAUGACGAAGAAGAAGGCUUCUCAUUCUCGAUUGAAUGCCAAAUGGAUCAAACGAUGCCCAAAGUCUGCACUACAACCAACCAUGCUUCCUUUUCCUUCCACGACGGUCGGGAGGUUACAGCGACUUACACCAAACACGGCGGUACGACGUUUGACGGGUUCUUCUAUUUUGGCUAUGGAUACUUCGACUGGACCCCCGUGACAGUCACAGCUGGUCAAUCAUAUCUUCUGGCUGCUAAGACUGCUGCUUCCACGGAGGCUACACCCACCAGCGAUGUCUCUGGAACUGCCAAGGCUGUGGAAGCGACGACUGCGGGGGGCGAUCGUACCAGUACUGUCGACGAAGACGUGAUUACCGUUACUGGCGAGGUUCCAUCUACAACGACUUCGAGUAACAGUGCCGGCAUUACACGAGCUUUGAGUCUCUGGGCUGCGGUGGGACUCGCGGCGGCUGUGGUCUCGUUAUGA